AUGAGCAUCAGGCUCCUCUGCCUCAGAACGAGUCUGAUCCAGAUGCAGAGACAGACCGUCAACGUGAAGGUCCUGACUGCAGCCCUGAGAAAACUGUAGACGGAGAAAGAAGACCUUGUGAAGGAGAGAGAUGAGAUUCUGGCCAGGUUGGCCAAAUCAGAUCAGCAGUGUGUGUUAUGACAUGAUGCUGAAGUAAAACAUGUAUAUCUAAAUCCUUUUUAUGUGUAUGACAGAACCAGAGCCCACAUCACCACUCACGUACGUCAACCCCAUUGCCCCCCCCCCCCCCUCCUUCAAUGCCGGUAACCUGUCCUCGGGACUGGCUGGUGUUCAGCAGCAGCUGCUACAUCUCCACCAGGAGGAUGCGCUGGCACCACAGCCAGGCCUGGUGCAAGGAGGCCACAGAGAGAGAGAGAGAUUUGUGAAAAACACUUAAAACACUAUUCUUUUGGCACCGAAUGACCGAUCUGCACGAAACUUGAUAUGUGGCAUCUAUGGACAAAGGUGUCUUAACACAAUAUUUUCCAUACUAGUACCUAAAGCAACAUGGACCAAUAAACAUUCACGUAGGGGUGGUCCAAUGCUUCCCACAGGUGACAACUCAAACAGGUGCGUCUGGCACCUACUACCAUACCCCGUUCAAAGGCACUUCAAUCUUUUGUCUUGCCCAUUCAUCCUCUGAAUGGCACACAUACACAAUCCAUGUCUCAAUUGUCUCAAGGCUUAACAAUCCUUCUUUAACCUGUCUCCUCCCCUUCACCUACACUGACGGAAGUGGAUUUAACAGGUGACAUCAAUAAGUGAUCAUAGCUUUCACCUGGAUUCACCAGGUCAGUCUAUGACAUUGAAAGAACAUGGAAAGAGCAACAUGUUGCAAGAACAUUCAUAUUGACCACACGGUGGCGCUAUAAUGGGCAAAUGUUAGAAAUGUGGCUUAUAUGCUUGAAAUUUGGCGCCUAUGCUCAGGGAUAUGAGUCUAGCUAACUCACACGAUAUCUGAGACAUCACUGGGCCGAUUUUGACGAAACUUGGGUGAAUGAUGCGUCUUGCCAUAGAGAUCCGGCAUUUACAGAAUUACACUGAUUGGCCCAAGGGGGGCGCUAUAGUAAUCAACUCUAUGUAUGUUAGUCACACACAAUAUCCCAGACACCACAGGCCCGAUUUGGAUUACAUUUGGGUGAAUGAUGCGUCUUGCCAUAGAGAUCCGUCAUUUACAGAAUUACACUGAUUGGCCCAAGGGGGGCGCUAUAGUAAUCAACUCUAUGUAUGUUAGUCACACACAAUAUCCCAGACACCACAGGCCCGAUUUGGAUUACAUUUGGGUGAAUGAUGCGUCUUGCCAUAGAGAUCCGUCAUUUACAAAUGAUGCGCUGUAUCAUUCGUGGGGGACAAGAUGUUUACUGUUGCCUUUUUUUAAAAUCAUGUACUAUGUUAUACUCCUCAUCACUCACAUCCCAAUGUAAUCAUGUCUCCUGUUAUAGACAUUGUCACAUCCCAAUAUAAUCAUGUCUCCUGUUAUAGACAUUGUCACAUCCCAAUGUAAUCAUGUCUCCUGUUAUAGACAUUGUCACAUCCCAAAGUAAUCAUGUCUCUUGUUAAAGACAUUGUUGCAUCCCAAUGUUAUCAGGUCUCCUGUUAUAGACAUUGUCACAUCCCAAUAUAAUCAUGUCUCCUGUUAUAGACAUUGUCACAUCCCAAAGUAAUCAUGUCUCUUGUUAAAGACAUUGUUGCAUCCCAAUGUUAUCAGGUCUCCUGUUAUAGACAUUGUCACAUCCCAAUAUAAUCAUGUCUCCUGUUAUAGACAUUGUCACAUCCCAAUAUAAUCAUGUCUCCUGCUAUAGACAUUGUCACAUCUCAAUAUAAUCAUGUCUCCUGUUAUAGACAUUGUCACAUCCCAAUGUUAUCAUGUCUCCUCCUAUAGACGUUUCUGUGGGACCAGUUACCUCGGGACCACUGGAAUACCUACUGGUUUGGAAUCAACGACGAGACAGCUGAGGCAGACUGGCUUUGGGUCGAUGGAAAUAAACUGGUGGGAGGGUACGUUUUUUGGCUUUGCUGGGCUACAACAAAAAUGUGGGCGUGUUUUGUGGACGCAGAUUAAGUCUACCCCACGACUAUUGGAUUCAAUCAACACUAAAUGAUUGGCUUCAAAUUAUCCCUGGACUGUGGUGGUACAUUUUUUAAAUAUUGAAUCGCAGACCAUAGGUCUGACUAACCAUGUAAACCAAGAUUAGGUUAAAUUCUUGUUUGAUACACCAGAAUUCAACUACACCUGGGAUUGUUUAAUCUGGGUCUGUGUCCCAUAAUGUAAUGUGAGAACCUGCUUUCUCUUUUACAAAUGAGUAUAUUCAUUUCGUUUUUCAAAUGUUUUGGUUUACUUGGUCCUAUGUGUUCUCAGUUGGUACCUGUGAUGCAAACAGGUUAUGGUUCAUUUGACUGUGUUUUUCAUACCCCAAGCCAGGCGUGUGCUAUACUGUAGGCCCUACCCAUUUAUUUUUCCAUCUUUAAACUUCUUCAGUUGAGCACCUGCCCAUUUUGCAUUGAUGGACAGGAUCAAGAUGGAUGACUGUCUUUUUGUAUGCUGUAAAUUUGACUUUUUAGUGUUAUAGCAUUCUAACAAAUUCAUGUUUUGCCUUCUGCAUGCUCUGAGUCAUCCAGAAGAUUACUAGAGAGUCUGUAUACUGUUAUAAGACUAUCAACAUGCGGCCUAAGGUUCACAGCCUUAGAAAGAUAGUUGGGCUGCACCUAUGGAACCCCCCCCCAUCACUACUUUCAUUCAAGAUUAAAUCUGCCAUUUUAGUGGGUUUGUCAAACACUUGCAGCCCAACCCCUCCACCCCCACACCACCCAAUAUUGUCAAUAUUCUAUAUUUGCAUGAUCUCCUUUUUGGUUUAUGUAACUUGCUUACUCGUUAGGCCUAGUUUCCACAUGUUGAAUGCAAAUGCGGCAUUUGAGCUUCUAUAGAUUGAGAGAUAAUGUAUCACUGCAAGCAUAAACCUUGUCUUGUCAGAACUGCAGGACCAGUACUUUAGGAUGGACAAACUGGUAUUUAUCAGAGUCAAUGUGCCUAUCAUUGCAAUCAACAUAUUUGCAAACUUAUUUUUUGCCUUCUGCCUGUUCUGUCCUCUGCGAGGCAGAGAGCGACUCAAACAGCCUGUGAAGAUACUACUGGGAUCGUUAGUUUGCUGCACCACUGUUUUCCUGGUUUCUCUUAUUGCAAUGAAAUACUUCCUCUUCACGGAAUAUCUGGAGCUCUCGCUUGCUGCUAAUCUGAUAGUGGGGUACACUUUCCCCACUAGUAUGACAACCUCUGUUUGGCUGAAUUUCUUCUACUACACUCAGAUCGUCCCUUCCCAGCGAGCUCUCUUCACCUGGGUGAAGAGGAACAUCAAACUCAUCAUUUACUGGGUCCUGUUUAUCGACAGAGUCUUGUUUUUGUUUGAUAUUUCUCUUCAUAUUCCAGCAAUAGUUGAUUUACUCAACUAUGUCUCUGGAAAUGCUAAUGGCACUUACACAUCAAUGAACUGUACUGCGUCUGCCUCUCCAAAUGCCCUGUGUUACACUGAGAUGGCACGUGUUGUUUUGAAAAUAACCUACAUCUUUUUUGGACUCUGUGUGGUAGUUGGGUCGAGCUGUGCCACUUUGCGCUACCUGUACAGACACAUGAAGAGUAUGAAAGAGAGUGGUAGCCCCUUCUCCUCUCCCCGUCUGCACAGUCAGAUGAGGGUCACCAUUACUGGGAUCCUGCAGGGAAUUCUCUACAUAAUUUGCUUUCUGUGGCUCAUCUUUUAUAUCGUCAAAGACUUUUUCUCUACAGAUUUUGACAAUAAUGGAAAUAUCUUCUACACAGUCAUCUCUCUGUACAUGUUUGGCACCACUGUAAACCUGGGUAUUGGUCAGUCUGUUUUCCGACAGAGGGCAGCUGAUGUUUGGCUCAAAGCUCAACAGGCUGUAAGGUGGUCGAAGUUCUGUGGAUGAAACAAUCAAUCAGGUGUAUAACAUUGAAACUUAUGCAUUGUUUUAUUUAAACGUGUCAUGCUGUGUUGAGUUAUAGUGUACUCCAGUUAUAGUUGAGUUAUAGUCUAUCCCAGGACUAUAUUGAUACAUAGAUGUAAUCAAUGCUAAUAAUAAUUUGGCUUCAUAGACAUGGCCUAAAUUAUUUAAGAUUCAAUAGUUUACCAACAAAGUUCUUGUUUUAUAAACCAGAAUUAAGCCUUCACAUGGAUUCAUUUAAACUGGGUCUGUGAAACUGGCCCAUAAUGUAGUAGGCUAUAAUAUUUAACAAAUUAGUCAUUAUACUCAAUUUAUUUACUUUUUAUUUAUUUAUUAUGUGUUCCUUUGUAGCUAAUUUGGUAGAGAAUGGCUCUUGCAGUGCUACGAUAGUGAGUUUGAUUCCUGGGACCACCUGUACGUAAAAUGUAUGCACGCAUUACUGUUAGUCGCUUUGGAUAAAAGUGUCUGCUAAAUGGCAUAUAUUAUUAUAUUUAUGUUUCUACAUUAUUACAUUACAUCUGUAUCUGAGAUGCAAUUACAUUUGACAGCGUUUGUUUUUCCAUCCUUUAACAUUUUUGGUGGACUGUAAUAAUAGAUUUGAUAUAAUUAUAGAUUAUAUAUAAUCUGUUUAGUACAUAAUAUGAAGAUUACUAAAAUGGAUAACUAUACAUGUUCUUGCUGUAAAUUGACCUCUAUAUUCUCUACUACAUGAUUGUACGUUCGGUUACUCUGUAACAAAUCUUUAACUUGUUAAAAGCAACUUGUGAAAUGUGUGACUUUGCUUUGUGUACUCAAUAAAUAAUCUAGAAAAGAAAAUAACAAAAAUGUGUACCCCAAUGGAUCUCCAUGCAGGAUAGGUAGGCUAUUACAAACUACUACUGUUUUACUCCUAUGGGUACACUUAAUAUGGCCGCCGGUCCACCCAUCUAGGGCAUUGACUUGAAUGGCAACAACCAUUCUAGUCAUUCUCUUUCUAUGGGUCCAUCUAACUACCUAUAGCCCAGGUAAAGAGAGCCUGUGGCUCUGGAUCCAUAGGUAACCGCCCCAUUCCGCCCCCGUCCCGCACCCCCUGGAUCCCCUGGAAAGAUCCCUAUCACGUUCCGUGCAUGUGUUUCUUUACCUCUACUUUAAGCACACAUUUUUGUGGUCACCCUCUCGUCACAUUUCUCACUGUCCAAUCGUGAAUGAUGAUAAUUCUUCAAGUUUUACCGGUGAAACGUCCAUGCAGCAUCUGCAUCCCAACCAUUUGAUCCCAAUCAGUUUCAUGGUAAUAUGCAUUUCGAUCUUCUUAGUUAUGUACAGUGUUGUUUCGAAUAAUGUACAGUCAGCGAAUUCUAGAGUUCUAGAAUUCUAGUGUUAACAAUUCUAGUGUUAACAAACUGUAACGUACCUGUUUUGUAUCAUUAUGUGAUCUUGCAGACACUGAUUCAGCUUUGAUCUAACUUUAUUAAACAAGCACCAUUUGCCGGAGUAGCCUGUUCUCUAAUGACCCGAUUCAGACUUAGAAAAUGUACUCCUUUCCUAUACACGCCUUUCCUACCACUUCUCAGUAGUGGAUAUUCAGAUUUACCUUAUGCAGGUGCAUAAUGGGCUUCGCAGGCGUGGUUCCCUUGUGCGUGCUGAAUAAAUGUAAUUAAACCGCUGAAAACCCUCCCACUUGCUGGCCAGCAGAUUUUCUCAUGGAGUUUUCAUUCAAUAGGGCUUUCAGCACAUUUAUCUAAAGCCAUCCAUUUAAAUUUGGUGUACCUUUUUUAAUUAUAAUUUUCUCAACAGACUCACUGGAAUAUAUGGAGAGAAUUGUUCAGAAUAUAGCGCUCAAUGAAGAAAGCCAUGUAAAUACACGCAUAUUCAUCUCCUUUUCAGCACCAAUUGGUAGAUUUAAAAAUACUCCGAUCUUGUAUAUUAUUUAGGGAAAGGAAAUGAUUUAUGAAUAAUAAAAAUACAGGUUUGGAGAGCCUUUACGCACGAAAUAUAUUGGUGAAUAAAGAAUAGUGGUUUGAUUCACCCUGAAAGUUGCCAUGUUCAAUUGUUUAAUCUAUGAAAUAUUGGAAGGUGAGAAAAGUGUACAAUAGGGGUUGAACAGUAGUCCUAUAAAUAUACCCUAAUAAUCCUCACUAAUCAUGGAACUGUGAUAACAACGGUCCAGUCGUCGUGAACCGUGCGCACAAAUUACGGUCUGCAUUCCAUAAUGAUUAAAAUAGGCUACAUGUCCCAAAUUACUGCACAACUUGUAAUAUGUUAGCCUAAUAUGAUCCACUAUUGCUAGCGAUCCUCAGGAACAACCACACGAACAUGACAAAGGAAUGAAAGGUAAACUAACAAUCGAAUGGAAUGAUGCAAAAUGUAAGGAAACGAACACUAAAGUGACAGUUAUACAUGUAGGGGGAUAUAACUGACGGUGGCUACUGAUAGUGGCUAAUAUUUAACCUGAUACAAAUUGUAUAAAAUACAGUGAAAAGUCCGGGAAUAUAAUUAAAACAUUCAACUCGGUAGGUUUGGCGGCAUACUGUCAUUUGCGCAUGGCUACAGAAACCUAUAGCUUGGGUCUCCAAAUUUCAUCCCUGCAGGUUAUAAGGCCAGCAUUUCAUAAACGUCACUGUGGAAAAGGUGAUAUGCUUCAGUUUGCUGCCAUAUGACUGGUUUCACAUUUGUCUCCAGCGAUCAUAAGGUAAAAUAGAUCUAAAACAUUUGUCAUUUAUAUUUACAAUCCACUUAUCCAAACGGCUUACUCAUUUACCUAGCUCUUAUCAACAGCUCUUCAAUAGCCUCUUAUCCAUUUGUCAAUGACAGUGCAUGGAGAAUUCUGUUAUUUAUAUCGAAAAAAAAUAAAGUAGAUGUUGUUACACUUGCAACCGGAAGGUUGCUCGACCUUCAUCGUUUCAUUGCGCGUAAAGGUGGUGUAAUUAUAAGGGAAUUAAUUCAAGGCGUUUCUUUUAUCUCCACCCCAAAGGAAUAGCGGGUGAAUAGUUCAAGUUUUAUUAGUCGUAUGUACGAGAUACACCUGGUAUAAAUCGUCCAAUGAAAUGCUUACUUGCAGGUUUCUUCUCGACAAUGCAACAACAAUAAGAAAUAAUAAUAGAUAGGAAUACAAACAUAAAGUAAAUGGCAGUAGAGUAGAAUAACAAUUUUAGUGUAAGUAUAAUUUAUAGGCCAAUAUUUACACGUGUAUUGAGAAGGGGGAUUGCAUCAAAAGGGAAUUAUGUUUAACACAGUUACCAGUAUGUUUUGGCAUGCAUACUUUGAAAGAGAACCUUUCCCCUUUAGCCCAGUUUCCCCUCCUCGUGGGCCAUAAUCUCACUUGUUUUCUCCAGGAUCUUCUUCCCUCCCUUGAUGCCUGGUCGUCAUCAUAUGAUCUCUCUUCCUCUUUCUUAAUGUGUUUUCUAAUGGUUUUAGUGUUGCUUCAGAUUACCUUCUUCCUCUUUCUUUGCUUCUAUGCUUAUCUCAUUCUUCUGUUUUUUCUUGUUUUAUAUCCUUACUUUUUUAUUAAUAUUAUUAUUCUUUACAUAUUCCACUGUUUUGUGUAUGCUUACUACUGCUGUAAUUAAGACAGCAAUAAGAGAGUGAAGAAUAUGGUUCAUCAUUGUGCAUUGUGCACGGUACAUGAUGCAUGUGUUUUUAUCUAACCUUUAUUGAUACAGAUUUGUCUCACUGAGAUAAAAAAAAAUAUUUUGCAAGAGAGACCUGUAGAGGCACUGUAGAUAACUCAGUUCAUUAGUGCACACCAAUGGCCAACAGCUAUUCUAAUGAAACAAUAUAUUAUAUAUAUUGUUGUUACAUUAUGUACUGUACAUUAUACCAAGAGAUGUUUGGUUGACUUUGUGGGUUUUUCUAAAGAAACCAUUUUUCUCCCUGUGUAGCUUUUGGGAGGAGGGCGAGCCCAACAACCACAUUGACGAAGACUGUGGCUACAUCGUGAAGACGCGCAAACUGGAGCGCAAGGCGGUGACCAGCUGGUACGACGCCCUAUGCACCAUGUACUGGCCCUUCAUCUGUGAGAUCGAGAUGUAG